ACGUCAAGUUGUCAUCAUAUUAAACUGCCAAAAGAUGUGGCCAAAAUUAAUGUAAACGCAAACUUUCCCAAAAUUCAAAGUCUUUCUAAAAAUGCCUCCAUCCAUCGCCUUUAGUGCUGACAAAUCGUGUACUUAAUGGAGUGUACGGCAACAUGUCGAAUCUGUGGAGUCAAGAUUUCAUGUAAAGAUGGGAACCUUUUUUCUCUUGGAGAGCACCUUUUGUCAAACCAUCCAGAAAUAGACAUAAACCAUUAUAUUAUGGAAAACUGCGAAGGCCUAGGGGACAGCAGAACAGGCACAAAAGGUCAAAAAAAAAAUUUAAAUAAAUGUUCACUUGCAAGCAGCCUUCUGAAGAAAUCCUCCACCUUUAUAAAAUCCAGAAGACGUGCACUUGGUGGUGAUAAAAAAAACCUUUAUAAAACGACAAUUGAAAGUUGGCGUCCUGGUGUUAAUCAACUUACAUGCCCUAAAUGUGGAAAUGCAGAACAACCAUAUAUACGGAAGCAAAGGAAUAAAGUUGCAUACAAUUCGUUGGGAGCGUUCUUUUUGCUUGGUUGUUGGCCGUUGUGCUUCUUACCAAUGUUAAUGUCUGGUGGCUCAAACACUAUAAUAUGUUGUAGAAAGUGUGGUUACUGUUUUGGUACGUACGACAAAAAGAAAGGAAAAUUAAUUCCGUCUACUAAAGAUUUUAACGUCGAAACACCUAACCUUUGUUAACACAGUUUUGUUAACGUACAUUGAUAAUUCUUAGUGCAGCGUUUUUGGUGACAUUGUAUAUAUUUACAUGCAGCAGUAAGUUAUUUCAGUGGUACCAUCUACUUUUGUAAACUUUGAAGACUUAAAUAUAUAAUUUACUAUA